GCCUGCCGGAGGACGGACGCACUGCGGCCACCGUAGCACUGAUCGCGCGGGCCGCGCUGCCGUGUGUCGCGGUGCAUGUCGGGCCGCUGGCGGUGGAUGAUGGAGGGUUUGGGGCUUCAGGCCGUGGCUCUGAGCGACGGAUCCACCGCGUACAUACAGCAGUCCAUCAGCGACGGGAGUCUGGUGGAGGGGAACACCGUUCAGCUGGAGGACGGCACCACCGCAUUCAUCCAACAUGUCACCGUUCAACAGAAAGAGUCGCUGGCGUUCGAGGACGGUCAGGCCGUACAGCUGGAGGACGGAAGCACGGCGUUUAUUCACCACACGCCCAAAGAAGGGUUCGGGCCCGGCGCGGUGGAGGCGGUUCAGCUGGAGGACGGCAGCACCGCGUACAUACACCACCAGAUGAACACGGACCCCGACACCAUCGGCGAGCUGGAGAGCUACGCUAGCAAGCUGACGGGGUCAGAGGUCGAGGUCGAUGAAAACACAGAGAACACAAAUGGGGAGCAGACCAGCAUACAGCUGAUGUUUGAGGGGAAGGUGUGGAGCUCCAGUAAAGCUCAGCCGGUCGGAGAGAAAAGCUUUCGCUGUGGACACACCGGCUGCGGACGCUUCUACACCACAGCACACCAUCUGAAGGUGCACGAGCGCUCUCACACAGGCGAUCGCCCGUACCGGUGUGAGGUGCCGUCCUGCGGGAAGGCGUUCGCCACGGGCUACGGGCUGAAGAGCCACGUGCGCACACACACCGGAGAGAAGCCCUACAAGUGCCCCGAGGACAUGUGCUACAAGGCCUUCAAGACCUCGGGGGACCUGCAGAAGCACGUGCGCACACACACCGGCGAGAAGCCGUUCAAGUGUCCGUUCGAGGGCUGCGGACGCUCCUUCACCACGUCCAACAUCCGCAAGGUCCACACGCGCACACACACGGGCGAGAGGCCGUACCUGUGUCCCGAGCCGUCCUGCGGGAGAGCGUUCGCCAGCGCCACCAACUACAAGAACCACAUGAGGAUUCACACAGGUGAGAAGCCGUACCUGUGUACGGUUCCCGGCUGUGGGAAGAGUUUCACGGAAUAUUCCAGCCUUUAUAAGCACCACGUGGUCCACACACACUGCAAGCCGUACACCUGCAGCCACUGCGGGAAGACCUACAGACAGACGUCGACGCUAGCCAUGCACAAGCGCACCGCGCACGGAGACUUCGACACCGCCGAGGACGACGCAGAGGUUUUCGAGGCGUCCGAGCAGAACGAACGCGAUGGCGAGGUUACCAUGGACACGGACGACAUCCUCAGCUCACACCUGCAGGUCCUCGGCACGGCCGUCACCAUGGUAACCCGGGACGGAACCACCAUCGCCGUCCCCGCGCAACAGGGCCACACCGGGCGGCACGUCACCAUGGUUACAGACGGCAAAGAGAUGCAGCAGGUUGCCAUAGUAACGUCAGACGGCAUCAUGACCGAAGGGAACUCGUCGCCGUACCAGCAGGUGGCGCUGCUCGCAACGGAGAACGGCACGCAAAUUGCAGUACAGUUAGAAGAUCAGCAGACGUUAGAGGAGGCGAUCACCAUGGCAACAGCAGCGAUUCAGCACAACGGACUGACCUCGGAUCAGUGACAGCUGAAAAUCACAGACGCCUUUUUAAUGUUUAGUUUGCUAUUUUUACCUGCUUUGAGCCAGUAGAAGUUAAACAUGAUGAAAAUAAAGAUGUAUAUUUGUUAAUAAAUAAGCUUUAUGCUGUAA